GAGAAAAAAGAAAAAGAAAUAGGGAUUUAGAAAGAAAACAAAGAGAUAGAACUGUAGAGAGAGAAAGAGGAGAGAGAGAGAGAGAGAGAAGCGCAGAGAGGGAGAGAGAGAGAAUGGGGGAGGCAUCAGAAACGACGAUGACGAUAAUGAACAAUCAAGCCCCUCCUAAAAAGAAGAAGGGCCGACCUUCGCUUCUCGAUCUCCAGAAGCGCUUCCUCCAGCAGCAGCAAAACCCCCAUUUCCUCAACCCUAGCGCCGCCGCCCGCCCCGCCACUCGCCGCAGCACCAACCCUAACGCCCCUCCUCCUCCUUCAGACGACGACGACGACGACGACGAGCGCGCCAAGAAGAAGCACAAGCUCCUCCUCGGAAUCAACCACCAACACCACAAUCGCAAACCGACAUUGUCGCCGUUCAAUUCCGGCCCCUACGGCUCCGAUUCCAAUGCCGACGACGACGAUCCGGACAAGAUCGGAUCCAAUCAUACGAGCCAAAGCGUGUUGAAAGCGACUGACAGUAGCAGUAUUCAUGGGACGCAGGUGGAGUUUGGUCCCACUACGCCUUUGCCAGACAAAAAGUUGUUGGUGUUCAUCCUUGAUAGGCUUCAAAAAAAGGACACUCGUGGAGUGUUUUCGGAGCCUGUGGAUCCAGAAGAGCUGCCUGAUUAUCAUGAAAUCAUUGAAAACCCGAUGGAUUUUGGAACUGUCAGGGAGAAACUGGAUCGGGGAGCCUAUGCCAACUUGGAACAGUUUGAGAAAGAUGUCUUCUUGAUAUCUUCAAAUGCAAUGCAGUAUAAUGCACCAGACACGAUUUAUUUCCGACAGGCACGGUCUAUCCAAGAACUUGCGAAAAAGGACUUUGAAAAUUUGAGGCAAGACAACACCGGUGAUGGUGGAGAGCCCAAACCAAAAGUUGCCAGGAGAGGCAGGCCACCCGGCAGCAAGACCAUGAAAAAGUCGAUUGACUUGGCUCCAGUUGAACGUCUUGGUCCUCAAUAUUUCUCAGAAACGACUCUUCCCCCUGGAGGAGAGACUUCGAGCUUGUCCAAUAGUUACAAUUUGAGAAAAGGACCCGCUUCAUACAAGUUUAGGACUGCUGAUGCAUUAAACAGAGCUCCACAUGGAUCUCUUGGUGGUGAUACUAAUGCUAACUGGUUGUCUGAAUUGGAGAAUGAAUUUCCGGCUUCAGUAUUGAGGAGCGUGCUAAGGUAUGGAAAGAAACAGUUUCCAGUAGACGAGAACAGACGUGAAACCUAUAGGCAGUCUCUGGCUUCAGAACAUGAACCAUCUGAACUUACUGGUCUCGAAGGGGAGUGGAACCAACUUAUGGCGGUAGGUGUAGCUGCGGAGGAGCAUGGUUAUGCAAGAAGUAUGGCUCGAUUUGCUGCAAAUCUUGGACCUGUUGCUUGGAAGAUUGCUUCUAAGCGGAUUGGAAGUGUUUUGCCUAUUGGAGUUGAGUUUGGUCCUGGAUGGGUAGGAGAAAAUGAGUCAUCAAGGUUGCAGCAGUUUUCAUUCCGUCAGGGAGAGGAUAAGGUUCAAUGCAACCCUGCAUCUGAUGACCAUAAAGACAGACUUCGAUGUCAAAGUACAUCAGGCCGCCUAAAUUAUGUUGCAGAUAGAUAUUUGCUGCAAAACGGUGUUAACAUGGAAAACUGUAGAGAAUUCAAUUCCCAAAAUGGGUUGGCGUCGCUUAACAGUGGUGUUAGUGGGAUACGACCUGUGCCUCCUUUCCAGAAUUCCAUGAUUCACUCUGGUAAUCCUGGUUUGAAUAGUAGGUUUAUGUCUAGUGUUUUACCUCAACCUGAGAAUGUUAAUAUGCCUGCCACAUUAACAGGGAUGUCAAGUUCGACCAACACUUCAGUACCUUCUCAUCAUCAAAUGGUCGGCAUGUUUUCAGAGAGGAAUAUGAACACACAGUCGAUGCCUAUAGGCGAUAUUGAUUCAAAUGAAGCCAGAUCAGAAAUUUCAAGUAGAUCAAGGAAUCCCUUAGCCCAAGCACAACCUCAAUUGGCGUAUGGUGGGGAAACUUCUUGGCAGGGUUUAUCGAUGAACAAUAAACAGGUUUCUUAUUCAUUACCCCCGGACCUGAAUGUUGAAUUCGGUGCACCAGGCUCUCCCAGUUCUCUUAUUCAAAUUGGCAUGCCACAGCAACCAGAUUUAGCUUUGCAACUUUGAUUACAUGGCACAUUGGUUUUCUUCUUUUUUCUUUUUCUUUUUCUUUUUAUAAAGUGCAAUUAUAGCGAAGGUGGACUCUGAAUGCCACAAAAUCAUUACAAAUUUACAGUAGUUGAGAAAAGUUUUGUACAGUUAGUAAUUUUUUUUGUUGAAAUGUAUUGUUUCAACAAUAAUCCACUGUGGGUGUACUGUCAACAUAUUAUUCAAUCGAUUAAAUGAAUGCAAUGAAUAGUUCGGUUGAUGAA